CCCAACAACAGGUGCACAUUCCUGGGCGCCUGGUCACUUCCCCUGCGCUGGCGGUCCCGGUAGCUUCCUGAGUGAACUCACUAAGCGACACAGCCAGGCUAUGACCCCAUGGGCGCUGCUGCUGCUAUUGCUGGGGGCUCUAGGAACACUGCUAGCCCCAGGUGUACGCGGCUCAGAGACCGAGGGCCGACUCCGCAAGAAACUUUUCUCGGGGUAUGAUAGCUCAGUGAGGCCGGCGCGGGAGGUGGGAGACCUCGUCGGGGUCAGCAUUGGUCUCAGCCUGGCGCAACUCAUCAGCCUGAACGAGAAGGAUGAAGAGAUGAGCACAAAGGUGUACUUAGACCUGGAGUGGACUGACUACAGACUGAGUUGGGACCCUGCAGAGUAUGACGGCAUCGAUUUGCUCCGCAUUACUGCAGAAUCUGUGUGGCUACCUGACGUGGUACUGCUGAACAACAAUGAUGGAAAUUUUGACGUCGCUCUAUACAUUAACGUCGUGGUGUCCUCAGAUGGCUCCGUUCGCUGGCAACCCCCGGGCAUCUAUCGCAGCAGCUGCAGCAUCCAGGUCACCUACUUCCCCUUCGACUGGCAGAACUGCACUAUGGUGUUCAGUUCCUACAGCUAUGACAGCUCUGAGGUCAGCCUGCAGACAGGCCUGGGUCCUGAUGGGAAAGAGCAACAGGAAAUUCACAUUCACGAAGGGACAUUCAUUGAGAAUGGCCAAUGGGAAAUUAUCCACAAGCCCUCUCGGCUUAUCCAACCUCCAGGGGAUCCUAGGGGAGGAAGAGAAGGACAACGUCAGGAAGUCACCUUCUACCUCAUCAUUCGCCGGAAGCCUCUCUUCUACCUGGUCAAUGUCAUUGCCCCAUGCAUCCUCAUCACUCUCCUGGCCAUCUUUGUCUUUUACCUGCCACCAGAUGCAGGAGAGAAGAUGGGGCUCUCAAUCUUUGCCUUGUUGACCCUUACUGUGUUCCUGCUGCUGCUGGCAGACAAAGUGCCUGAGACCUCCCUGGCAGUCCCCAUUAUUAUCAAGUACCUUAUGUUCACCAUGGUCCUCGUCACCUUCUCAGUCAUCUUUAGUGUUGUGGUUCUCAACCUGCACCACCGCUCACCUCACACCCACCAAAUGCCCUUUUGGGUCCGGCAGAUCUUCAUUCACAAGCUCCCUCUGUACCUGGGUCUGAAGAGGCCAAAACCUGAGAGAGAUCAGAUGCCAGAGCCCCCUCACUCUUCUCUAGGAAGUGGCUGGGGCCGGGGUACAGAUGAAUAUUUCAUCCGGAAGCCGCCGAGUGAUUUUCUCUUCCCCAAACCCAACAGGUUCCAGCCGGAACUGCCCGCUCCGGACCUGCGACGAUUUAUCGAUGGUCCAAAUCGGGCUGUUAGUCUACCUUCUGAGCUACGAGAGGUCCUUUCCUCGAUUAGCUACAUCGCUCGGCAGCUGCAGGAACAGGAAGACCACGAUGCACUGAAGGAGGAUUGGCAGUUUGUGGCCAUGGUAGUGGACCGCCUCUUCCUGUGGACCUUCAUCAUAUUCACGAGCGUCGGGACCCUGGUCAUCUUCCUGGACGCCACGUACCACUUGCCCCCUUCCCACCCUUUUCCUUAAGGUCUGGAGGCUGAGACCUGGUGCUGGGCCAGCUGAACUGAGAGUUCGGCGGUACAGACAAGCCCUGUCUUUCUUCACCUCUUAACUCCUUUGCUAGAAAUCCAGCCCUCUUAUUUUGUUUCUGGACAGGAAGGUGAAGUGGAACUUAAGGCUGGGCCAACAGGUGUCUUGAACCCAUCUGAAAUGCACUAUUAGCUUAUUUAUUCCUGGGGCUCUUGAAGAAGUUCCUUUGGGUU